AUGUCUGCCAUCUCAUCGUCAGCCAUGAACCCCCAGGGCCAGGGAGUACGCCAGUCAGCCCGUCAGACUCGAACAAACCCGUCUCGAACCUCUAAAACCAUCGGACGAUCCUCUUUCGCAUUCGGCCGAGGCUCGACUACUGAAAUUCCUUCUACGCCCCCUGUUCCCCAUGGCUUCUACCCUGCCCUCACGCAUUUUACAGAUGCUAUUACUGCGCUUCCUCGCGAGUUUCGGCGUCACAACUCUCUAUUAAAGGAAGUCGAUGCGAAGGCAUGGGCUCUUGAGGAAAAUUUACUCCAGCUGCUCGAGCAUUCCUGCGAGUCGCAGCCAGUUACUCACCCUCCUCACCCCGCGCCUAUCGUCGGGGGUGUCAUUCGUGAGGAUGUUAUGCCUCAGGAUCUCUCUCAAGCACUCGAAUCGUCCGAAAGCAAAAAUCGCCGACUCCUCUUUGAUCGCGUACGACAGAGCCUCUCUGAUCUUAUGAUGACCGCCGACGAGAAAAAUCACGUCAUUUCAAACGCGAACGAGGAAUUGGACCGCCAAGUCGUCCGACUGGAUACCGUAUUCCCAUACAUUGCAGGCGAGAUUAGCGAAGAAGCUCGCCUGGGCAGUCUGACACAUUGGGCCUACUCCAACAAGACCGCGGCGAAGGCAGCAACCAACGAGCGUCCCCGCCGCGAAGCAGUCAACCACAGACAGGAUCUCUCGCACGUGCUGCACGAAGCUGAAGCCGCUAGCCGCAGUGAGGCUCGACGCGAUGCCGUAUUGGCGCGUAAACAGCGUCGUGCGCACGUCGAUGCAGACUAUGAGGAAUCACGGAGCUCAGGUGCCCGCAAAACCAAUAAUGGGAAAUCUCGUGGCGCAGACGCGGCUGAUCCUAGCGCUGCUCCCAAGCGUCGGAAGGUAGAACGCCCAGCGCUCCCUGUAGACACGAGUAUUCCGAUGGAACGGUCUGCCAGCGGUGCUCAGAGUCAGAGAGCCGCAAACAAGGAUCCUGCGGAGAAGAAGCGGUCUCGCGCUCCCAAUCCGACUGCUGCUGCGCGCAAGAGGGCCAAUGCUUCAAAUGCCGGAUCGCCUGUCCUUGCCCCGUCGCCUUUGGUUGGAACUUUCAAUGUCCCGCGGGGUGCAGCCAGUCCAGGUCCCACGUCGAGGCCACAAUCUUCGCGCAAUCAGCAAAACGCCGGGUCAACAAGCAACGCACGACAAAGGCCAUCAUCAUCAGCCUCAAACCGCAUUGGCCAGCCAAACAACAACAAAAUCGCCGAUUCAAGGAACAUGCCCCGCGAUGGCACGGUCAAGAACGAGCUCAAUGCGGAGCUCCGUGAGUACGAAGAUUCCAGCGCCCGAACCUCAGUACCAGCCGGGUCCAAACGCGAAGACCUGGACGGCAAAGACUCUGGCGAAAACGAACCCAGCAAAGGCCGCACAUCCAAAACCUCCACACCCAUCCUCGCAGCAUAUGAACCUAUCCAGCAGCGCGCACGACCAACACGAAGCCAAGACCCCGCCUCGACAAAGCGCACACAAAAGAAACCCAUUCCACCACCCGUCAUACCCUCCGACGAUGAGUCCCUCCACGAAGGCGACGACGAAGACGAAGAGGGCGAGCCGCGAUACUGCUACUGUAACGAGAUCAGUUUCGGUGAAAUGGUUGCUUGCGAUAAUGACGCCUGUCCGCGCGAAUGGUUCCAUUUGUCUUGCGUGGGCUUGACAAAACCGCCUGGGAAGAAUGUCAAAUGGUAUUGCAACGAAUGUAAGGAGAAUAUGCGACGGAGUCGCAAUGGACGCUGA